UCUGGUCACACUGCUGGCGGACCUCGAUGUUAGGAAGCCUAAAUUUAACCAAAUUGAAGUUAACCGCCCUUUCCGUAAUCCCAUAACUGUCCUUUCUGUGAAUUUUAGUAAACCCGCCCGCCUAUUAUGGUAAGUAGGAAGAAACAUCCAACAGGCUCCUAACCAGUCAGUAAACGACUACUUCUGAACCCUUGAAGUCCUCCCCUAUGACCGACGAGAGAUGCUGUAGAUCCCAAAAUUACGACAGCACUAGUUACAAACACAAUCGGUCCGCUUCCUCUUCAUCUGGUUCGACAGUUUCGUCCGGACAUAGAGAACACUCAGGUAAAUCCAAAAGGUCGGACGUGGAUUACUAUGCUAGCCGUCACAACCACAGUUCUGGAUCGCGUCGUCGUUCGCGAUCCUAUUCACGCACGCCCUCCGGUGUUGAGUCUCCUCCGGCUCCUCGUCACCACUCCGGACGCACCUCCCGCGACCGCCAGCGUAUGAUUCAAGCACGUGAUCGCCCUCAGGCCAGUCGCUGCAUUGGAGUGUUUGGUUUGAACACCUUCACUACCCAGCAGAAGGUGCGUGAGCUUUUCAGCAAGUUCGGGCCGAUUGAACGCAUUCAGAUGGUCAUUGAUGCGCAUACCCACCGCUCUCGAGGAUUUUGCUUUAUUUACUUCGAGAAUCUCAGCGAUGCCCGUGUGGCCAAAGAUGCUUGUUCUGGAAUAGAGGUGGAUGAUCGCCGCAUCCGCGUCGACUAUUCAAUAACUCAGCGUGCUCACACCCCCACACCUGGUGUCUACAUGGGACGCCCUUCACGCGGUUAUAUUCAUCGCUCUCGUUCUCCACGUACACGACGUCGUGACCGCUCUGGUUCACCCCACGACUAUUCUCGUCAACGCAACAGCUAUCGCAGUGAUCGCAACUACAGGAGCUAUCGAAAGAGUCCUACCCGUCAACGCUCCAGCCGCUACAGUAAAAGUCAUUCUCGGUCUCAUUCUCCCCGUCGUCACUCUAAGCGCUAUUAGGAUUUGAUUAAAUCUAAAACUCAUGCUCUAAGCAGAUGCUCGGCCCAACAGGAUUGUACCGAAGGGUCUUCGGAAGAGCAUUCGACUGAAAUUGUG